UCAUCAUUACACAGUGUCUUGUGAAUGAGACACGCGUGGAACUUUUCUUUCUUUCACGAUUUUGAUACGAGUUGGUGUAAUUUUUUGUCAACCAGGCUUUUCCACGGCAGUACGCCUACAGCAAUGUUGAGCAGCAGAGUUGGCCAGCAGCUGGGAUGUCCCACCAAGUCCUUGAUGGGAUGGCUAGCCUCCAAGUUCUUCAAAUGGCACAAUGAGAUUCUGGAGGAAAACGCAGCGAAGCUUUGCGGGAUCCGUCCUGAUGACGCAGUCCUGGAAGUGGGCUAUGGUCCUGGUCUGGGGCUGCUGGUUGCUGCACCCCUCCUCUCUGGGCCUAAGGGGAAGCUGAUUGGGGUCGACUGCUCGGAGUACAUGUACAAAAUGGCCAGUGAAAAGGUAAAGGACUUAAUCAUGUCUGGAAAGGUGACUCUCCAUCUGGGCAGGGUGGAGGCGAUGCCCUUCGAUGACAGCAGCAUGGACAAGGUCUACCACUGCAACUGCUACUACUUCUGGUCAGACCUGAAAGCAGGGGCCUCAGAACUACACAGGGUGAUGAAACCAGGAGGCCUCAUGGUGACGACUCUGCAAGUCAAGAGUGUGGCCUUUGCAGCCUCCAAAGGGUUCUUGAAAGGGGACAGCUGGCGCCCAGAGAUGUACAUGGAGGCCCUCCGGGCUGCUGGGUUCACUAAUGUAAAAAUGGAAAGUAGGGUUGAUAAAGGUAUCACCUUUCAAGCCAUUUUUGGCACAUCCUCCAAGUGAUGGAAAAACAGCUGGUGUCCACAUUCAGUGUCCGUUGCUCAGGGCUGAGUAGAGUGGUGUCCAAGGAGCAUGCAGAAUACAAGUAAAUCUAAACUCAGAUAGCUUGAGUUUUUAAUUAUGUAAUCAUAUAAAGCAAUAUUUACACAUAUUAAUUCUGAUGUAUGCAGGGAUGUCUGUGUCAGUCUACAGUAUGCUGAAUUAAAUACAGCACUGUUAACUUUACCACCCAUGUUAAUGUUUCAGUGACAUUUCUUCAUUCUACGUUCCUGUCAUUGUAAAUGCAGAGAAUUUUUACAUUCGGUUGUAUGUUCAAAGCCUAUCCUGGAAGCACAGGGUGGUAGGCUAGCCAUGGGUAUACCUCAGAUGGUGUGCCACUCCAUUCCAAGGUUGCCCCACACACAUAGACAUAC